CCUCGCUAACUCCCUCUGUCUCGUCCCCUUUCUUCCAAUUUCCUCCCGUGGAAUUUACGGUCCUAAUCUCCGAUCGCUUGCUCCAGGCAUCCUAGCAAUCCCCUCUUUGGAUUCCUUCGUCUUCUACCUGCAGUUUUGCCUGAUCAAUUUCUUUGUUCCCCAGCAGUAGCCAGCUCGAGUUUUAUUGCCCGUGCCAUCGCGAUCUCAUGCUAGAAGAGCAACGGUUCCCAGAUGGAUGGUGAAUCCCAGGAAUUCUACCUUGAGUCGCCAUUGUCUGGAGACCAUUCGCCCCAAAACCAAAGUUUAUUUCCUCAUUCGAGCCCAACAGGAGUACGAUGCUUAUUAUGCCGAAGAAGUUUUUCUUUGGAAGCCGAAGUGAAUGAUGGUUUUGAAGCAAUCCACAUUUGUAGAGAGUGUAAAAUCAUGAUCCUUGAUGAUAAUCAGACAAAUUUGAGCAUGAGAGAUAUUCGUCGAUUAAGGCGACACAGCAGAGACAGGUUUAGGAGCUUGGAGUCAAUGGAGGAUUCAUUCUCUCGCAGAUUUUCACAACUGAUUAAUUUGGCCAACCGUCAUGAUGAAACACAAGUUGGAGGCAGCAAUACUCCUGCUACUCGGCGACGUGGAAGCUAUUAUGCAGCUCGAAGUAGGUACAGGAGACAACAGGUUGUAUUAUCUGAUAAUGACAGUGAUGUUCUUGAUCAAUCAGACUCCAUAUUUGGAGAAUCUGACUCAAACUUAAGUUUUGGCGGUUAUGGUGGAGACUCGGAUGCCUCUGUGGAUCGGCAUAGUUUAUUUGACAGAGAUUUGUUUUUGCAACUCGAGAAUGGAAGCUCUGGGUCAAGUGACACAGACAUCGACCCAAUGCACGCAGGACUAGAUCAGUGGAACUCUGAUGACCAAGAGGAUGAAGAACGAUAUUGGGAAGAGGCUAUUUGGGAAGAACACAGAUCUGUCUACCCACACCAGCAAUUCCAGGAUGCUACUAACAUCAGUCCCAAUGGCGAUGGCAGAGUAGCUCGAGAUGAUGCCUGGUUUCACUUCAGGGUAGGCGAAGCACAAGCACGGUAUGGUGAUAAUGACUUUGAAGAAUCAGGAUUUCAACCAGCGUAUGUGGGGAACCCGGAGGACUAUGUCGAUGCAAGAGGCUUUGAGGAACUACUCGAGCAGCUAGCGGCUGCUGACAACUCAAGAAGAGGUGCACCUCCUGCAGCAGCAUCCUCAGUGAGGGAUCUUCCAUCGGUAGUCAUUUCGGACAACCACGAGAGGCAUGGUACUCAGAUCUGUGCGGUUUGCAAGGAUCCAUUGGCCGUUGAUACAGAAGCAAAGCAGCUUCCCUGCAAUCACCUGUACCAUUCUUUCUGUAUCGUGCCAUGGUUAAAGUUGAGGAACUCGUGCCCAGUUUGCCGGCAUGAACUUCCAACCGAUGAUCCAGAGUACGAAGAGACGAAAAGGAACUACAGCAUUACUGCAAGACAUGAGCCUCAGCCACCCAACACAGAUGCAGAAAUCUAUUAUGCAUUUACUGAGCUGGACACCGAGGAAGCUCCCGACUUCAAUGGCACAAGCACUGAGCCAGGUAGAGUGGAGAACCCACAGGAGCUGAAUCAACCGAGAGGCGAAGGUAACAGAAUCCGAUGGCUGUUUCUAGCUGCCGCUCCAAUUGUUAGUAUUGUCGGGAUCGCUUUGGCUUUCUGGUUGAAAAAACCUACCGGUGAUGUGAGAAUCCAGCACAAUACUAGGGAACAACUUCCUCAGAGGUCUCAGAGCACCGUCACUUCUCCGGCCACCAGAAACAGGAGGUGGUGGUAUUUCUUUUAAUUCCAGUCUCUUGUCUUCUUCCUCUUGCUCAAGUUUGUGGGUUUUUUUUCUCCUUUCCUUGUUGUAACAACAGUUUAAUGAUAUAAGUUUCAGAUUUUAUCAUAGUGAACCGUGUGUAAAUGAAUACCAUUGGAACAAUGAGAUUCAGUGCUCCUGAAUUUCUUA